GGCAUGUAUACUCUGGUCUUACUUAUUUUGGCGACAUCGUUAGUCUACGAGAUCCUUAGACUUCGAUUCACAUACUGGCGACGUCAGGGCAUAGCUGAGGAGCGUGGCAAGUUUCCACUUGGCAUGAUGGACGUGGUGUUGAGAGGGGAGCGCAACUUCGGUCUCGCUUUGAACGAUAUUUAUGCACGACAUAAUGCCAAUUUUGUCGGCAUCUAUAUGUAUUUCAUACAGGCUAUAUUGGUGCGGGAUGUGGUGCUGGCGCGCAGAAUAAUUACAACUGACUCUGGCAGCUUUUGCGACCGGGGAAUCUCCGUGGCUAACAACUAUGACGAAUUUACGGCCAAUUUGUUGAAUAUGCCGUGGACUGCCUGGCGAAAAAUGCGGACCCAGCUGGAUCCAGCGUUCAGUUUAGGGAAUCUUAAGGACAUGGUUGGUACUAUCGAUGAUGUGGGCGAAAAACUGGUUCAACAUUUGAAUAGCGCCAUGAAGCAAAAGCAAAAGGUAGUGUUGAAUAUGAGCCAACGAUUGUCAACGUAUGCUGUGGAUGUUGUGGGUUCAGUUAUCUUUGGACAGGACAUUGAUAGCUUCACAAAGCCCAAUAACGAAUUGCGCGCAGUGGGCCGAUUAAUAGAGGAGCCAACUCUUUCCAUUCAAAUAUACAAUCUGGUCGCCUUAGUAUGUCCAAUCUUAGGUAAAUUAAUGAGCCGCUUCGAGAUUGGUAACAGCGAUCUUUUAAGACUGCGCGCCCUUCUGCAGCGCACAAUGAAGUUGCGAGAGAAAAAUGGCGUGAUUCGCAAGGAUAUGUUACAGCUGUUCAUGCAUUUUCGCCCUGCUAGAAAGAUUGCUGCUAAAGUAUUGGAUAUGGGGAAAACGAAGCAGGAAAUCAAAGCCCUAUCGAUGGAGCAAUUAGCCGCACAGUAUUUACUCUUCUACACAAUCGGUACGGAGACUACAGCAGCCACAGCUACCUGCACCCUCUACGAGUUGGCCAAUUCUCCUCCCAUCUUGAGGGAAGUCCUCGAAGAGUUGGCUGCAGUCCUUCAACGACACAACUUAAGUCGCACCGACAGGCUCACCCUGGAGGCUGUGCAGGAUCUUAAAUUCAUGGAUUUAUGCAUAAUGGAAACCGUACGGAAAUACUCCAUUAUUCCUUUUAUUCAUCGGAAAUGCACAGAGAACUAUCGUGUUCCCAAUUCUCACUACACCAUUAAAAAGGGCACACUAAUUUUAAUUUCCCUCAUUGGCAUACACCGCGAUCCCAACUAUUUUCCUAAUCCUAAUAGAUAUGAUCCACACAGAUUCGAUGCAAAGCGAAAUACUUAUACACCUUUUGGCUUGGGACCAAAGCAGUGCAUUGCUAAAUCCUUGACCAUGGUCAUUAUCAAGGUGGCGUUGGUGAAAAUAUUGGUUAAUUUCAGUAUUUCUCAGCCAACCAGAGGUAGCUCGAGAAUGAGUCUAGAGAACCAACGGCGAACUUUAAUUAUCUGUGCAAUUCAGUUUGCUGACGCAUGUGAGCCCGAACGCACGCUCACAAAUCUCAGAAUGUGGCUGCUACUGCCCAUAUUAUUCUACUGUCUGGUAUUUCUGUACGUCCGUCACGUCUACAGCUACUGGGGACGGAAAGGAUUCCCAAGCGAACGCGUCUCCUGCUGCUGGUCGUUUCUUUGUCGCGCCUACAAACGCGAAUUCCGACAUGUCGAGGCCAUUUCGGAGGCCUAUCAGAUGGGUCGGGAGCGACUGCUCGGCAUCUACUGCUUCUUUCGGCCGGUCCUACUAGUGCGCAGCGUCGACCUGGCCCGCACAAUUCUGGAGCAGGCUAAUGGACACUUCAAUGAUGGCAAAUGGGAUUUGGUCAGAGGUUACAGGCGCUACAAUUUACUUGAGAAAUUGGCACCCAUGUUCAGUACACCUCGUCUCUCCGAUAUGUUUCGCAAUGUGGAACGUGUGGCCGACCAUAUGAUGCGGCAUUUGGUGCGCCGAGCAGUGCAGCAGGAUAAGGGCACAUUGGAGCUGGACAUGCAACAGCUGCUGAGAAUUUAUGCCAUCAACAUUAUUGGCAAUUUGGUUUAUGGCCUGGAUGUGAACAAUUUCGAGCAGCAGGAUCACAUAUUCACCAGCUAUGUGAGCAGCGACAGGCGACGCAGCAGCUGGCAGUCCUUCACACUGAGUCGCCUGCAAAAGAAAUCGUCAUUCACCUAUCGUCUACGCGAUCUUAUCAAAUCCAGCGUGGAGCAACGUGAGGACAACGGCCUCAUACGCAAGGAUAUUUUGCAGCUUUUGGUUAAGUUUCGUAAUGGAGAUGAGCUUUGUAAUAGCGGCAAACAAAAGUGGCAUGUGGAACACGUUUAUGAGCAAGAAAAGGUGCUGUCUAUCAAACAUUUGGCCAAGGUAGCCGAAGACAUGCUGAAAAUGUCAUUGGAAAGCAUUGCAGCCACCACCACGCUGGCGCUCUUCGAAGUCCUUCAGGAGCCGCUCAUGCUGGAGAAAUUGCAAGCUGAAGUCAAGGAGCUGAACGUCAAUGAAACAGAAGUAGUUCAGCUCGAGUUCGAGCAAUUGAAUGGCUUGAAGUACAUGGACAUGUGCUUGAAGGAAACGCUGCGCAAAUAUCCGCCAGUCCCCAUUAUUGAGCGCAUUUGUCGCAAAAGCUACACACUGCCCAACAGUCGCUACACCAUUGGCGAGGGCAAGACCCUGAUGGUGCCCGUGUUGGCCAUACAGCGCGAUGAGAAGUAUUUCAGUGAGCCCUUGAAAUACAAGCCCUUGCGCUUUUUGCAUGACCAGCUGGAUGAUAAGCACUGUGCUGCUGGCAAAGGAGAGUCAACAUCCUUUAUGGGCUAUGGCAUGGGGGGCGCACAGUGUGUGGCUCGAAACUUUGCCAAAAUGGUGAUAAAAACGGCACUUGUUAAGUUAUUGCAAAACUUUCACCUGGAAUUGGAACCAGCUAUGGCCGAAGCAGUCCAACUGAACUAUCAGCCGACACCCUUCAUUAGGUCAAAAGAUGGCCUUGUAGUUAAGUUGAAAAUGCUUGAAAUAAAAUCUAAAUAUUAUCUACCAACAAAUCACGCUGAUUCUUAG